AUGUCUGGAAUUGAUCUCAACGUUCCGGCGACUUUCAAGCAAGAGGUGCUAUACAAGGAAUGUCUGCGAAACCAUGCAGCCUCUCUCGGCCAUGUAGCUAACGAUGGCUGCUAUGAGUUUCUCAAACCUAGAACAGACAAUACCGUUGACGGUGGUUCCCAAGAUGAAUUGUUUUGUGCAGUUUGCAAAUGCCACCGGAACUUUCACCGGAAACAAGUUGUUUAUACUCCUAUCAUGGAAGUUGACGUGGCAGUCCCCCAGACGACCCACCAGCAGCCAAACUUUCUGACGACAACAGGUGGAGGGCCAUCAGCUGAUGAUAUCAACAAUAACAACACCAUGGAGGAGCCGGCGGUGGUGCCACCACUGAGGAGGAGGAGGAAGACCACCAUGAUCACGGCGGAGCAACAGAGCCGGCCGGAAAGUUUGAUUGAGGAGUAGUGGUUUUGAGUUGUUUUUGCUUUUGGUUGUCUAUAAUUUGAAUAAAAACCUGUCUGUAGCUGAAAUGCUUUGGUUUGUUUGAGUGCACUUUGAAUUUCCUCAACGAGGA